AUGGGAUCCCACGCGCCGGCCGGGCAGGGCCCUGGCGUCCGGGUCAGCAAGGACACGGUGGCCAAGCGCUUCAUCGACAUGUACUUCGGGAUCCUGAACACGUCGCGCCAGCUGCUGUACCGGUUCUACCGGACGGAUAGCACGGUGAUGGUGUCCGAGUCGCUGGAGGACGGGUCCACGCUGUCGGAGAGCGCGGACACAGAGGAGGCAGUCCAAGAGCUGGUGAAGACGAUCUUUGCGGAUGUCACAAUAAAAGUCGAGACUAGCGUUGCCCAGUUCUCAAUGGAAGGCAGUGUUCUCAUUUUGGUGUCCGGCACCAUCACAAAAUCCAAUCAAACGGAUCAAAUUCAACACAUGGACGAUGGCAUACAGCGCAUGUUCUCCCAGGCAUUCCUAUUGGCCCCUCAAGAGAAUGGCUACUAUGUGCUCACAGAUUCCAUGCAAAUUCGUGGCCAUUCAAGCAACCCCAUUCUGAAGAAGAAAGCUGCUGAGGUGCCAUUUGUUUGCAGCCUUGGACUAUUGUCUAGCAUGCGUCCAUAUCAAAACUUCCCAGCAGAUUGA